AGUCCACUGGUUAGUCGAUCGGCAUCGACUAGCGCUGUGCCAUGGUGCGGCUCUCAAAACAGAUAUUUGACAGAUUCUAAAGCUUUUUACACACCACAAAGAUGUUGGCUUCAAGCAGAUCAGCCCUCGCCUCCGCACGCCAGUGCAGGCAAAUGUCGCACGCAAGCAACAAACUCAGCGGUCAAGUGGCCGUCCUCACCGGCUCCACUGACGGGAUUGGUCUUGCGAUCGCGAAGCGCAUGGGCCAGGAGGGCGCGCGCGUGGUGGUAAGCAGCCGGCGGAGCCACAACGUGGAGCGCGCCGUGCAGGAGAUGCACGACCUCGGCUUGAAGGACGUGCUUGGCGUGCAGUGCAAUGUCGGCAAACCCGAGGACAGGCACAACUUGAUCGAUCAGGCGGUUUGCAAGUGGGGUGGAGUUGACAUUCUCGUGACGAAUGCAGCCGUGAAUCCGGCGACAGGCUGGCUGCUAGAUUGUUCGGAGUCAGUGUGGGACAAGCUCUUCGACAUUAAUGUGAAGAGCACGUGGGCGCUCACGAAACUCGUCGCACCGCACAUGCAGAAGAAGAAGAAAGGGUCCAUCAUUUACGUAUCCAGUGUAGCAGGUUUCGGUGGAAUCGUACCCAACGCUGCAAUGAGCGGCUACAUCGUCAGCAAGACUUGCUUGCUGAGCAUGAGUAAAAUGGUCGCUCAGCAACUCGCUUCUGACAACGUGCGGGUGAACUGCCUCCUGCCUGGCCUUUUCAAGACCCGUUUCGGCGAAGUGUUGCACGCGGACAAUGAAAUUUCUAAGUUUAUGCUUCCAACCAUCCCGAUGCGCAGGUUUGGUGAACCUGACGAGAUCGCAGGCAUGGCCGCCUUCUUGGCCUCGGAUGACGCGUCCUACAUCACAGGGGAAAACUUCGCGGUCGCCGGUGGCAUGCAGACCAGACUCUAGACCAGACUAGACCAGACUCUGAAUCAGACUGAAGACCAAACUGUAGACUAGAUUCUUUAAAAUUGUAUGGUCAUGACCCACAAGGGGGGCAAUGAGUAUUACUGGGGGAUAUGCGGGAUCUAGCUGAAUGCUUCCUCCACGGCGAUUAAUAUUUUAAAUGUGCCUGAGCCGCCUAAUAUUAGGACGUUUGUAGGAGGCAUACAAAUGUGGGGGCCAUAACAGGUAAUUGGUGCUUCUGAGAGGAGUUCAUGCACUGAGCCAGGGUCUGAGAAGCAUUGCUUUUGACACUCGUUAAUGCUGGUUAUGCGUCUCCACGUCAUUGUUGGCCUAACACUAUAAUGACAAAGAAGCUACCAAGAAGAAUAAUGUGCAGUAUCACAUACCGUUGUCAGUUUUAUAACCAUAAUUAUUUUUCACUCCAAAAUAUUUUUCAGGAAUUAUUCUCGAGUUAGAUAGUUUGUUGAAAAUUGGAGUUUGAAGCAAUGUAAAUCAAUUAUAACAAUCAUUCAGACCUCAAAAAAGCGGAAUGUCGGCAACCAGUUCGUCGUAGUACACCGGAAACCAAUGAGAGUGCAUGAUAUUUCUACAUUGUUUCAAAAUAGCACUUUAACUCAUGGAGGUUUAAGAUGUUGUCAAUAUUCUAUGACGUGAUACAUAAAUAUAAGAUUCAUCGAUAAAAUAUGCUUGCAUUCAGUAUAUUAAAUGGAUCAAUUAUCUUGAUAUUACGUAAUAUAUUGAUAUAUUAAGCUCAGCUAGGGAAAGAUAAUUGUUUUGUGAAUCUACUACACUGUACUUGACUAUAACGUAAGUUAGGUAAUGAGUGACGUUAUUCGUUUGAAUAGAAAUACUUAAUAAGCUUCCUCUGUGCGAGGAGAAAGACGUUUUCUUCUAUACCA